CGGAUCCGUACCAAUAGAAGUACAAGCACUUCGACUUUCGAUUAGUUAGUAUUGUGAUUAUUUAAAAAAAAAUUUACCUAGGUAUACCUACUUCGACAACAUGAUGAAAUCCUUGAUCAUCAUUACGAUCAUCGUGGCCGUGGCAGUGGCCGACGAAAAGGGGACAGCAAAACAGGAAAAUAACAAGCGUCAAAUAUCUUCUUACAACGGCGGUACUGCAGCUAUCGCACAGCCGUUACAAACGCCACAGCCGACACCUGCUGCGGUAGCGGUCAAUAACGCACCUUCGUAUCAACCAAGUUAUUUACCGACUUGUGUGGUACAACCGUAUGGCAAUAGCAUUUUCACGAAUCCGUCGGCACCCGCAUAUCAGCCUCCGUACUACAACGGACCAUCCGAAUCGUUUAUACCACAAUACCAACCACAACAAUAUCCGAUCGCAUAUCAGCCAUCGCAAUAUCCGAUCGGUUAUCAGCCACCGCAAUAUCCGGCCACAUACCAGCCACCGCAAUAUCCGGCCACGUACCAGCCACCACAAUAUCCGGCCACGUAUCAGCCACCGCAAUAUCCGGCCACAUACCAGCCGUCACAAUAUCCGGCAACGUACCAGCCAUCACAAUAUCCAGCCACGUACCAGCCAUCGCAAUAUCCGGCUACGUACCAGCCGCAACAAUCGGGCCAGAGUCCAGUGCCGUAUUCGUACAGUUACUUCUCUUCGGCGGCCAACAACGCCAACAACAACGCGCAGUUGUCCACCACCAAGAAGUAGUACGUGUCUUAAACAUAAUCAACCCCAGAGGAUAUAGGUACCUAUAGGUUUAUAAUACUGUCAUACGUAUUUCUGUAAAAAUAUAAAUUUUAAUAAACACAAACGGUUUUUAAGAGAA